AUGAGGCUCAUUUCUUUACUCUUGGCGAUAUCUCUCGCCACCCACGCCCAAGCCAGGGCAGUCUUUGCACACUUCAUGAUUGGGAAUACGGAACAGUACACCAAUGCUGAUUUUGUCAAUGAUAUCACAAAGGCCCAAGAAGCUCACAUCGAUGGCUUUGUGUUGAACAUUGCAUACGAUGACCCCACCAACGAUCGUUCUAUCCCCAUGGCUUUCGAUGCAGCCGGUAGCCUGGGCUUCAAACUACUAUUCUCUUUCGACUAUGCCGGCAAUGGAGACUGGCCAAUGGACCAAGUCAUUAGCCUCAUCAACAAGUACAGCUCGCAUUCUGCUCACUUUAAGCGUGGCUCUCAGCCAUUGGUGUCCACGUUUGAAGGCUUUAAGAGGGCUAGUGACUGGAGUACAAUCAAGGACAAGACUAACUGCUUUUUUAUGCCAAGCUGGUCUUCCGUGGGAGCGAAGAGAGCCGUCAGAACAGGCGAGACUGACGGCCUCUUUAGCUGGGCGGCCUGGCCUGAGGGUCCGAACAAGAUUGACAUGGAGGUUGAUGCAUCCUACCUCAUUUUCUUGAACGGGUCAUCAUACAUGAUGCCAAUUUCUCCCUGGUUCUACACCAACCUUCCCGGCUACAACAAGAACUGGCUCUGGCGUGGAGAUUCGCUGUGGCAUGAUCGCUGGAAUCUGGCCUUUACCCUUGUCUCACAAGACCAGUGGCCAGGCCAACCAGAAUAUUUGCAGAUCAUCUCGUGGAACGACAAUGGAGAGUCUCAUUACAUUGGUCCUCUGAACGACAAAGCCUACGUCGCCUUCGACAUUGGCAAGGCUCCCUACAACUACGUCAAGGGUAUGCCUCAUGACGGCUGGAGAAAGCUGCUUCCCUACGCAAUCGACACCUUCAAAAACGGAAUCGCCACCAUCAACCAAGAGGUUCUUGUGGCUUGGUACCGAACCACUCCGGCAUCGGCAUGCGGCACCGGCGGGACGACGGGAAAUACGGCAGCUCAGCUGCAGCCUGAGAUGCCACCUGGAGAACUCUCCCAAGACAAGAUCUUUUUCUCGGCCUUGCUGACGUCCCUGCUCACUCCAAGAGUCACGAUCGACGGCCAGAGGCGUGUUGUUAACUGGGACGAUGCUCCUUACGGUUAUGUGGGCAUGUAUCAUGGCAGCUUUGCAUACGAAGGCCGUGUUGGCAAGGUUCUCAUCGAGCUCGUUGACAAUUCAGGCGCUGUUGUUGCUACGCUAAAUGGUGCUGAUCUUACAAAAACCUGUGAAAAGGGCAUCACCAAUUGGAAUCCCUGGGUUGGCAGUACCACAACCUCGCGAUCCGUUUCUGCAGCGCCGGCACUCUCUCUGUCAAAGCAGCAGUGUAUGAAGGGCACUGGACGAGACGGUUUCAAGGAGCUUUGCGAGUUUACAUGUUCCUUUGGUUAUUGUCCUCCAGGCCCGUGUACCUGCACCAAGCUGGGCAAGGCUCUGGAUACACCAGACCCUAAGAAUGUUGAUGGCUACCCCCUUGCCGGAUCAGACUGCACCUACAAAGGUCUUUGUUCGUAUGCUUGUAACUACGGCUACUGUCCGCCCAAGUUUUGCACCACGGCCUCUUCGGCCAAGGACAAGUGUGUCAUUCCACCCGAAGCAGCAGACCCUGAAGACUCGGACGAUGCCUGCACCUCAGGAACUGGAACAGGCAACUUUGAAGGACUCUGCAGUUUCUCGUGCGGACGUGGUUACUGUCCCCAGCCUCAAUGCAAGUGCACGGGACGUGGCCCGGCCAUAACACCUCCGCCUGCCACCUCUGCCGGAGGAUACCCAGCAAACGGUCUUCUAGGGGACUAUACAGGCCUGUGUAGCUUCGCGUGCUCCCGUGACUACUGCCCGCCGGGUGCUUGUUCCAAGGCCAACCCUUACGGUGCUCUCUUCAAGGAGGAGCUUCGGACGUGCGAUUCUUCUGAUGAAAAGAGCGCCUGGAACUGCCCGAAUCUCAACUGCUACAAAGCUGAUACUCUGACCAACACUGCCAAAGAACGGUGGGAUUCUGUCGGUGCAGGAGAGUUCUUCAAUUACACGUCAAACUGGUUCUAUUAUCAGAAUGAGGUGGCCAUUGGUGGUAACACAAUGUUCUACAAAACGCCUUUCCAGGAUCAGUACAUUCGUUCCAUUGCCUACUUCUACGGCGGCCGUGACUCGAAUGGGGCGAAUAGGGCAGCAGACAACUACGACUGCGACAUUAUUGGAACCAACGCAUGCACAAACCCCUUCAAAUGUGGAACGACUCAAUACCCCGGCAUGGAUCUGGUCUUUGCCUCGUUCUCCAACUUGCACAACUUCAUCACCAACAUGUAUCUUUCGAUAGAUGGUGUUGCCGCCAGCGCGGCAGCGAACUCGGCCACGAUUGCCGACAAAUUUGGUGACCCCAAGUUGGACGAGGGUCUCAAGUUCCUGCAGGAGUUCGCGGACUACUUUGGUCUAGCCAUGAAUUUUGCUGGCGGCUCAUUCUGGAGCAAGAUGAUCACGGAUCCAAAUGCUUUCAAGGCAUUUGGAGAAGUUGUUUCAAGGGCCGAACAGCUCUCCGGCACCGUCGAGACCUUCACAUCCCUCUACAGCACUAUUUCCGAGGCACAGACCGAAGAGGCUAUGAAUGCGCUUGAGAUCCUCACAGAUGUCAGCAAGGCAGGCGACGAGUUUGCCAAGCAGGUUCGCCAGACGCUUGACAAAUUCAUGAAGCAGAUAUUUGAUGGAAGCUACCUGUCAACAAGACGCCUGUACCCCAUGAUUGCCGACGGAACUUGGCUCGACGCCCCCAAAGUUUCCAUCUUUGACUUUCACAAGAACAUCGAACCCAUCAUGAACGCCAUGCUCAUCAACAAGGCCUGGACCACCGGCGCCAACGGAAACGCCAUUGUAAUUCUCGUCAAGGAGGGUCAUGUGACAUACCCCCAGCCUCGACGCGGUAAUGCUGCUCUCAUGACCAACGACGACGGUGAGGCUACGCAGCACUUUUACACGAGUGAGACGGGCGAGAAGUGGACGCUGUGGAUAGCCCAAGUCGACGUCUGCACGCAGAACCGCUGUGACCGUCGGUUCAAGGCGCCCAAGGGUCUCGACGAGAUCAGAAAGGAGAACGACUUUGGCGUUACCAUCGAAAACAUGAUUCUGUCACCUUUCUUCAACUGGCGGAGACAAGGGAACCAGAACUAUCAUCCGACAAAGCUUGAUCCAUACGCCAAGAAUGGUGACAAGUCGGCGUCGUCGCAGGUCCCAUUUUCAGUUGGCCUCAACCAUCCCGGCGCCAUCCCGAUCCCUGUCUGCGAUAUCGAGACGGCUUGGCAGAACAUUGCCAAGUGGUGGAGGGACCCCAGUGAGGCUCCUUGUGAUUACUAUCCCUGCUGCAGUUACUAG